UUUUAUACGUGCGUGGCAUCAACCGUCAAUCGACUGCUCGCUAUUUCUUGCCCUGUUCGAUACAAUAAUUGGUGUGGCCGCAAGCAGACACUGUUUUGGAUUAUAGCGUGCUGGUUGAUUGCGUGGGCUCAUAACAUCAUUCUUUUGAAAGAGGACUGUAGCUUUACAUUCAAUGCUGGAACACGCCAACUGGCAUUCAGCCCUGAACCAUGUGGACGAGUGCUAUCUCUCUAUGUUGAUCUGAUUUAUAAUCUUGUAACAGCGAUCAUUACCUUGCUAGCAGAUGUUUAUUGUGUGGUAAGACUGGUACACGCAGAA